UAUCUGGUAAUUUUAGCGUUCUUUAGUAGCUGAGAUGAUCUUUUUGCAUGGUGUUUGGUGGCAACACUGACGUUCAUAUGUUGUACUUUCGCAUUCGCCGUAGUUGUUAUGGGCCCAGUGACAAUCUGGUGACCUCUGGUUUGUUCUUUUCGUUGUUUUUCGCGCUUUUGUUGUUUCCGAAUCGAGCAGAAAAGAUGAGUGUUGAAACUCAAGUACCCGUUCACGUUUUCGUUGGCAGAGGUUUUUUGGAAUGGGAGUUUUGUGUCAAGACGCGCCUAAGAAACCUUGGCUGUAUCUCUACAAUGGCGAUUACUGAAGAAGAUUCGUUGAAACCCUCCGAUGGCGUUAAGAAUAAAGCAAAAGCGAUGGAUUUGAUCAUCAUCAGUUUAGCUGAGCAUUGUUUAGAAGCGCAUUUGAAUUCGACCAUCCGAGCUGCAUUACCGACAAGUGAUGUUUUUGUAGAAGAUAUCGAGAGUGUUAUUCUGGAAGAAACAAGGACAGUCGAGCAGAAAGCUAAGAAAGUGGUAGCUGAAUCGAAGAUAGCUGAAGCUAAGCCUAGUUCCGGUCAGAUGCGAGCAGCGAUGGUAAUAGCUACUGAUCCACCUGUGAAAGGUCCGAUGUGUUACAGGUGUCAGGGGAGCAGUCAUUUAUCGAAGCAUUGUGUGAAGUAUGGUGAAGAUCGGCCUAAAUGUGGCAAAUGUGGCAAGUAUGGCCAUGAAAAAGCGAAGUAUACAAAGCGUGCUGAAUCGUUCUUAUCGUUGUAUUCGUUGUAUUAUAUCAUUGCGAUGUUAUUUUUAAGGUGUAUAUAUUGUCUUGUACCUGUGAUUUUUGUCACUAAUUGUAUUUAUUCGAAGUUGAGUGCAUUUUUUGCGUAUUUUAAUCGUAAUUUCGACCUGUUGUGUUCUAUUUUAUCGAGCGUUCGUCCGUUGUAUUGUAUUAUUUAAUCAAGCCUUUGUUUGUUGUAUCGAGCUGAUGUGCGUUUUCAAUUUGUAUUUGGUGUAUCGAGCUGACGUGCGUUUUUAAUUUCUAAGCGAGCUGACGUGCGUUGUUAAUUUAUAAGCGAGCUGACGUGUGUUGUUAAUUUGUAAGCGAGCUGAUGUGCGUUUUUUUAUUUGUAAUCAAGCUGACGUGCGUAUGUAUUUAUUUUUGUAUCGACCAUUCGUUGUAUCGUUGUAUUUUUAAGUUGAAUUUUGCGUAGUUUUUAUCGUUCGUUCAUCAGAACAAAAUUGUAGGGGAGUGUUGUAAAGACAAUUUUGUAUCUGGUAAUUUUAGCGUUCUUUCGUAGCUGAGAUGAUCUUUUUGCGUGGCGUUUGGUGGCAACACUGACGUUCACAUGUUGUACUUUCGCAUUCGCCGUAGUUGUAAGUUUUACCGUUCUAUCGUCCAUUCUCCGUUCUCACUCUCUCGAUGUAUUUUGUAAUGGCGUUUUAUUAAUUAUAAUUUUAAAUGGUU